CGCCAUUAUUGGAGAAGCUGAAGGAAAAAAAAUCGACUUGUUCACAACGUCAUCACCUCUAUCCUGCUAGAUGGGCUUAACAUGAGAAAGGAAAACACAGCAAGCUGUCCUACGCUGGAAACAGCUCUGCAGGCUUUCCUCACCGACUCUUUUCUUUUCUUUUUCUCUUUCUGACUAAACAAAGGGAAUAAUAAUAAACGGUGAAAACAGCGCGCUGGUGAUCCAAGAAGGAGGAAAACACACCGAAACGCUUUUUUCUCUCGACUCGCCAGACAUUUCCAGCCGUUGUGAAAGGGACGGGACUUUCUUUUUUUUAUUUUUUAUUUUGGAAAAGAAAAAUCUGCUUUUGAUCAGAAAAAAGUUGUUUUUUUUCCCUUGAAAGAGAAAGUAUCUGAAAACUUCAGACUAUAAGGAGGGGGGGAAGCUCCUAGUGUUGGGAGGAAUGGGUCAGACGGCGUGUUUACCAGAAAAUAAGAAAACUAAUCCAUGUUUUUUGUAAAUCUUUUUUUGUUUUUGUUGCUCUAAAAGUCUUCCACCGGCAGAGCAGCGACAUAAAAAAAGAAAGGAGUGGAGAAACAGCAGCACUUAUGUGCACAGGAAAAGCAGAGACCUUCUCCCAGUGAAGUGAGCUAUACGUGAUGCUGACUGGCUGAGGAAGCGUGAGAUCAAGAUCUAACUCGUGAGAUCCUUUUUGCAUGGAAACCGUGCUUCCCUGGCAGGCAUCUCCUCUCCAAAGUGCUAGCAGCCAGCAUAGCAGGAUGAGCCAUUGCAUGGGAUAAUGAUGGCCAAAAAACAAGAUGCCCGGGCUCCCAUCUACAACCUGGUUGUGGUGGGGUUGUCUGGCACAGAAAAGGAGAAAGGCCAGUGUGGUGUGGGCAAGUCCUGCUUGUGCAACCGCUUUGUUCGGCCGAGCGCAGAUGACUUCUACUUGGACCACACGUCAGUUUUGAGUACCAGCGACUUUGGAGGCCGGGUGGUGAAUAAUGACCACUUUUUGUACUGGGGAGAAGCUGGGAGGACGUUGGAAGAGGGGCAAGAGUGCCGUAUGAAUGUGGUGGAGCAGACAGAGUUCAUUGAUGAUCAGACAUUCCAGCCACACCGUAGCACGGCGCUCCAGCCUUACAUCAAGAGGGCAGCUUCCACCAAGCUGGCUUCAGCUGAAAAGCUGAUGUACUUUUGCACAGAUCAGCUGGGGCUGGAGCAGGACUUUGAGCAAAAGCAAAUGCCAGAAGGCAAGCUUAUCGUGGAUGGCUUCUUACUUGUUGUGGAUGUUAGUAGAGGUAUGAAUCGUAGCUUUGAAGAUCAAAUGAAGUUUGUUGGCAACCUGCAUAAUCAACUAGCCAAAACAAAAAAGCCUGUGGUACUGGCUCUCACCAAAUGUGAUGAAGGAGUUGAGCGCUACAUUAAAGACUGUCAUGCUUUUGCCCUUGCAAAAAAGAAUCUGCAAGUGGUUGAAACUUCAGCCCGCUCAAAUGUCAAUGUUGACCUGGCAUUUCUUACUCUGGUUCAGCUCAUAGACAAGAGCAGGGGAAAACCCAGGAUUAUCCCAUACUUUGAGGCCCUGAAGCAGCAGAGCCAACAGAUUGCUUUAGCCAAAGACCGCUAUGAGUGGCUGGUCAACAGAAUCGUCAAUAACCAUAAUGAGACGUGGCCUGCUGUAAGCCGUCGUAUGCAGACAGCUCCUGAGUACAAGGAAUAUGUUUUUCUUGAAGGAACUGCAAAGGCAAAGAAGCUCUUUCAACAGCAUGUGCAUAGACUGAAACAAGAGCACAUAGAGAAACGCAGGAAGGCUUAUCUAAAUACUCUACCACAGGCUCUAUCUGUGCUCAUACCACACUUGGAUGAAAUAGACCACUUGAGCUGGUCUGGAGUUCAGAAGGUCUUGGAGACAAAGAGAGAUUUCUCUCAGUGGUUUGUAGUUUUAGAUGAUACCCCUUGGGAGACAACUCCACACAUUGAUAAAAUGGAUGAUGAUAGGAUCCCACAGGACUUGUUGGAGACUCCAGCAGCUGAAACCAUCUAUGAAACCCAUUUAGAUCAGUUAAGGAAGGAGCGCAAGCGGGCAGAGAUGAGAUGGGAGUUUAAAGAAAGAUUAAGUGUCUCUCCUUUCAUCACACCAGGAAAACCAUGGGAAGAGGCUCGAAGUUUCAUCAUGAAUGAGGAUUUCUACCAAUGGCUGGAUGAAGCUGAAUAUUUAGACAUCUACAACAAACAUCAAAAGGAAAUCAUUGACCGGGCCAAAGAAGACUUUCAGGAACUACUUCUUGAAUAUUCUGAGCUCUUUUAUGAGUUGGAAGUAGAUGCCAAACCAAGUAAAGAGAAAAUGGGAGCCAUUCAGGAGGUGUUGGGCGAGGAGCAAAGAUUUAAAGCACUGCAGAAGCUGCAAGCAGAAAGGGAUGCUCUAGUACUGAAACACAUCCACUUUGUCUACCAUCCUACAAAGGAUACGUGCCCUAACAGCCCCCACUGUGUUGACACUAAGAUCGAGCAGAUAUUGGCUUCCAGAUUCCCCACCCGAUACCCAUCAUCAGACAGUGCUAGACUGGAAGGAGGAAGGGCUGAACGGAUAAAUCUAGUCAUUCUAGGGAGAGAUGGACUAGCCAGAGAAAUGGCAAAUGAGAUAAGGGCAUUAUGCACCAGUGAUGACAGGUAUGUUGUUGAUGGCAAGCUAUACGAGUUAACCCUUCGGCCUAUAGAAGGCAAUGUACGUCUGCCUGUCAACUCAUUCCACACACCCACCUUCACACCCCAUGGAUGCCUUUGUUUAUACAACUCAAAGGAAUCUCUUUCUUAUGUUGUUGAGAGUUUAGAAAAGCUUAGAGAGUCGACCAUAAGCAGAAGGGAAAGGGAAAACAGCUUAGCUCAGCUCCCACUGUCCCUCCUUCUAGUCACCAAGAGGGGCGUCGGUUCCAUUGGGGAUAUCGGAGGGGAAACGGCUCAGACUCUUAUACAGCAAGGGCAGCAAGUAGCUACAAAGCUGCAGUGUUCCUACCUAGACCCAGCCUCUCCAGGUAAGGGUUAUGGCCGCAAUGUCAGUGAGAAGCAGCUUAGCCAGAUGCUUAGAGGCCUCCUAGAAACCAGGAGAAACAUUGGAAGUAGCUCCCCUACGUUGCCGCCUUUAUCCUCAGCUUACAGAGACUCUCAGUCUCAGCAAGGCUUUGAGGCAGACCUCCGAAUAGUCAUGUGCCUGAUGUGUGGGGACACAUAUGAUUUAGAUCAACUACUUGCACCAUUCCUUUUGCCUCAACAUUGUCGUCCUGGGUCAAGCCUUAGCAGUGGAACGUCUGUUCUCCUGGAUCUAAUUAUAGGAGGUCACAGGCAGAAUGUUGAGUUGUCUUUGCUCUCUUUCCACUCCUCAUUUUCACUACGAAAAACAGGCCUGGUCCAUGGGUACAUCACAGUUUAUUCUGCCCGUCGCAAAGCUUCAAUGGAGACAAUGUGCGCUUUCCUUUGUGAAGUCCAAGACAUUGUCCCAAUCCAGUUGCUAGCGGUAGGGGAGAGUCAGAUGGAAUUGUCUGACUCUGACUCAGCUAAGGAACAAAUUUGUCAGGGAGAGGAGCUGGCCCAUGAAAUCAAUGCAAGGUUUAGCACAAUAAUAUGUGGACAUGGUGGUGUAGUAGGGGGACUUCAUAAGAUAGACCUUUUCCAGUCCUUCUUCCAGGAGGUGAUGGAGAAGCGCAAUGUUGUUGAGGCAGCACACAUGUAUGAUAAUACAGCCGAGGCAUCUACGAAUGAGAGCAUCAGCCCUCGCUGUGGGUCCCCCAGUCCAAUUCAUGUUCAUUUGGACUCUGAAGAUGACUUUGACCCAUCCUCCCCUUUUUCUACUCUAAGGGAGGCUAGUAGUCUAAGUUCCACCAUGGCAAGUUUCAAGCUGCCAGAUCUAGAAUCAACAGAUACAUUUUCUGUCCUUUCUGAUAUUGGUACAUUUGAAAGCAGGGUAAACAACAGGUUGCCUCCACAAGUGAAGCCCAAGCCCCUCCGUAAAGUAAAUCUCGGAACGUUUGUUGAUCAGCAAGGAACCUCUAACCGACCGUACUUGCACCAAACCGUGACCUGGGCUCCAGGGACAGAUGGAGGCUAUGACCCCUCGGACUAUGCCGAACCUAUGGAUGCUGUCUACAAACCUCGACCCAAGGAGGAUGAGACUAUUUACUCUGUUCCCCAUGACAGCACACAGGGCAAGAUUGUCACAAUCCGCAACGCCAACAAGGGUCAUACCAAUGGAAGUGCUUCAGGGAAUGGUUCAGACAGUGAAGCUGACAGCAGCUCGCUGGAGCGCAGGAGAAAGCUGUCUGUUUUUGGUGAAAAGCCAAAACUUUACAGAGACAGGUCCCAACGGCUUGGAAAGUUUAGUAGUUUUAGGACAAGCUUCUCUCUUGGCAGCGAUGAUGAGAUGGGUGGUCCACCAAAGGCAAGCCAGGAUGAUGGAGUACCUCAAAAGGACAAUUCCAUCGAAGAGAUUGAUGAUCACAGAACAAUGAAAAUUCUGCGAGGUCUUCGCAGAAACACAAAGAAACAACCGCGGACGAAGCCCAGGCAUUCCAACUCUAAACCUAUUGAUAGCAACUACUUUGGGAUGCCUCUGGCUGCUGUGGUCACUCUAGAGAGACCAAUCCCUGUCUUCAUUGAGAAAUGUAUCCGCUUUAUUGAGACAACAGGUCUGAGUACAGAGGGAAUCUACAGGGUCAGCGGCAACAAGGCGGAGAUUGAGAGCAUGCAGCGACAAUUCGAACACGACCACAACCUGGACCUUGAGAAGGACUUGAGCAUCAACACAGUAGCAGGAGCAAUGAAGGCCUUUUUCUCUGAGCUUCCCGAGCCCUUGGUGCCCUACAGCAUGCAGACAGAGCUGGUGGAGGCCUUCAAGAUCAACGACAGGGAGCAACGCUUUCAGACCAUGAAGGAUGUCCUGCGACAUUUUCCCCGGGAGAAUUACGAGGUCUUCAAAUAUGUCAUCAGCCAUUUGAACAAGGUGAGUCAGAACAGCAAGUCUAACCUGAUGACCAGUGAGAAUCUGUCCAUCUGUUUCUGGCCGACGCUGAUGAGACCCGACUUUACUACCAUGGACGCUCUAACUGCCACCCGCACCUACCAGACAAUCAUCGAGAGCUUCAUCCACCAGUGUGCUUUCUUCUUCUACAAUCAGCCCCUGUCCAACGGCCUCACUGGAUCCCCCACAUCCACGCUCUCCAGCGGAGGCACCUCGGCCUACUCCUGCAUGGCUGGAGGCUACUCCUCCUCCUCCUCGACGGGUCCAUCCCCUGCUGCCUACGUACUCCCCGCUACCCCACCUGUCAUUCCUCAUUAUGGUCCUCCUUUCCACCAACACCACCAUCAACACAGGUCUCCUUCCCAUUCCCCACCAUCCACUCCUCAGUCCACAAUCCCCGCCCUGCUACCGCCCUCUCUGCACCCCCAUCACCCCCCAGCUGAGCAACACACGCUGUGAACCAGGGUCCAAGGAAACGAGAAAGAAGCUGCCUGAAAGCGACGGACAGGGUUUAAAGAGUUAAGGAUGAAACAGAUUAAAGUUGAAGGAAGGGAAGAUGUGAUCUCAGAGUGAAAUUAACCCUGGGAGAGAUUGAGCAGGAUGCAGUAUGUACAGGGAGGAACGGACGUGUGUGGGAAAAGGUCGGAGGUGUUUCAGCUUCUGCUGGCAUCAGAAAACAGAACAAUGAAGAGCCUCUGAACUGACUGGAUGAACUUUCUCCCUCUUUGACACUUCAUUCCUUUGUCUCUCUGUUUCACUUCACUAGUCCCACCCUCACUGCCUUUUUGUGAAUCCAUACACAUUGGAGGAGUAAAUCGUUGGCAGAAGCUGUUGAGGGACUCAGGGGGCUUACUGAACAAACACAGGCAUGUAUACGCCAGUUAAAUCCGCAAUCUGGGAAAUGUUCACCGGCCCACCUGCUGUAACGGAGCACCCUGGGGGCUGUGGCUACGACAAACUGGUGUCUUCAACAUUUGUUUCUUUUUUUUGUUUUUUUUACCACAUUGGAGAGGACUUGCGCAAGAAAACACGUGUUAAAGCUCACCCUACAAGAUGUUCAGACCCAAGAGGCUAGCAAAUUCCUAUCUGUCGGCCCCCUACAAACACACACAAACUUUAUAAGAGUUUAAAUCAGGUUUGAUCAUAGCAUAAUGCCAGGCAGAGUUAAAGGAAAAAUCCCAACCAACUGGAUCUGCUGGGCAAACGGCGCUGUAACACCCUUAAAAAAAAUGCUCCCUCCUUCCUGAACAGUAGGGCUGCAACGAUUAGUCAACGUAAUCAACCAAAAACAUGUUGCAAUAAAAAAAGUGUUGUUAAUUCGGAGGGCAGUAUCGUCAGUUCCCUAGAAGCAAAAGAAAAUUAGUGAGCUUUAUCCAAUAUUUUCUUUGACACAAAUGAGACUUUAGACUGAUAAUAGGCAGGAAUAUAGCUGUGUAAAGCUGAAAUAUAUGCCCAUUUUACAAAGAUAUGGCUGACAGGGAUCAGGUCUCCCAUCCUCAGAGAGUCUGCCUCCCAGUGGAGAGGAGUGGAUACUGACAACAGCUUCAUUUAGAUAGAUAUUCAAUGGUUUAACUAAGGGUUAUUGUUAACUGUAAACUAAAUAAGGGGAUAGUUUUAUUUCACUUUAAUCUCUUAGUGGAGCGAUUGAGAGUAUUUUUGGAAAUGAAUCAUUGGGUCAUGUUUAUUGUUAAUGCUGGGAACAUUGCCUCAUUUAAAAAGAACAAGUCUGACUGCAAACAUAUUGUUAUGGUCACUUUUUUACUAUUUAGUGAUUUGAUGUCCAUGGAAACAUCUAGCAUUAAUAAAAGACUGAACGGGUUUGUUUUUACAUUCAUUUGAAUCUUUAUUUGAUGUUUUAAGCAUAAAGAAUAUCAAAUCUUACUGAAAUAAUAAUUAUAAAUGAAUUCAAUUAAAUUUCAAAUGUUUCUUUUUAACUCAGCUUUAUAAGUGAAAUAGGAUUAGUGGAUAGUGGCAACACCAGGAAAUAAAGGAAGAUUUAAAAAAUGUGUAGACUAGAGUGAGUCAAAAUAUUUUUACAAGCAACCUCAAGUGGAAUUUUUAACACCAGAACGGGAAGAUUGAGAUUACAAAAAUAUGAAGUGAUUAGUCGACUAAUUGGGGGGAAAAAACAACAACCAACAGAUGAAUCAAGUGUUAAAAUAGUCGUUGGUUGCAGCCCUACCGGAAAGCAUUUUUCUUUUUCUUUUUUUCAUAUACAUGAUUCAGCUGAUCUUGGGAAAUGUGCAGACUAUCUAAAAUGUCUGUAUUGCCAUUUGUGUUCCUGCAUUCCUGCCUUUUUAUUUCUGUUUGCUGAAUCUGAAUUGCCCUCUGUUUGACGUUAGCAGGAAUAAUUCCAGUGUUGGACCAUUUCCUGUCUUGUUUCUUUUCAUGCUGUGGUGGUUUUUUACUACCAACCCUGUGUUUUUGCAGUUUUUCAUUGCGAGGAUGUUUAAAAAAAGAAAAAAAAAAAAGCACUUUUCUGAGACAGAUUCUCAAUCAGGGGACUACCUUUGAGUGGUAGCCAGUUAUGUUGUCUGUUGGCACAGUUGCCACUCUCUCUCUGGGAGUACAACACUGACAUCUAGAGGUAGACCGGGGUAUGCCUACCACUGAAAUAUGGGCGUUGUACUGUCCUUCCCUGUACUGAGCUCUCUGUAGCAUCUGGUGCAGCGGUCAACAUUAUGUGGAAUAUGUUCAAAUUAAGCAAAUUAGGUGCAUUAGUGUAGAUUUACCGAUUGACAGUUUAGACUCAGAUGCAAAUCAAUAGAUAUAUGAAAUUCUAAGAUAUUGCAAAUCCUAUUUUGAUGCAGUUUUCUCUGUUGCAGCCAACGCAAAGCUUAAGAAGGGAACCCUGUGUCUGUCAGAUACCGUUUUUAAGCAAAAGACGAAUUAAACCUGGUAGAUUUUUAUCAUUGCAAAUAAUUGUAAACCACUUCUCCGAACUUUUCGUAAAUACAAUGUCUUUUCUGGUGCUCUUAAUGGGCAACGGAGAAAUUAUAACCACUAAACCAAGAGUUCAACCCCACUGUGUACCACUGCAUCCCCUGUCCAAAAGAGACAGCAAAAAGAGAACAGACAUCCCAUUCAUCUUCCCGCAUGACCCGAGCAGAGCAUCGCUGAAUUCCUCAGCCAAGGCCGCCGUUACUGUAGAAACCAGCCAAGAUGCAGCUGAAGGAGAAGGGGAUUGCAUGUCCCACGAGUGUCUUUGGACACAAAGACAAAAAGGCUUAACAAAUAUAUAUAUACUUUCAACAAAUCAAUGAAGACUGAAGAUUUUAUCGGUUCACAUUAGUCAAUCACUUGGUGUGUUCGGGUGCAUGUGAGAGUAGAUCUGGCCAGAAGUAACUGGGUGGAAUGUGACACUGUUUGUGGUCAUUUUCCCCACUGUGUAACCCUGUUAGCGCUUCCAGAUUACACACACUGAUCCGAAGAGGGAGAACUGUGAGAGAACGAGCGGGGGGUAGAUAGGCGACGUACGGGUGAAUGGGAACAUUAUCUGGGAGACGGAGAGGGAAGGAUGGGGCGAGCUGGCCGGCGGUGCUCCCUUUGUACAUCGACCUGUUAAUACUGAACCGACUGUGAGGCAGCCAAAGACUCGGGAAAGAAAAGUGACAACUAAAGAAAUGCAUUCCAAUAUAAAAUUUUGGUUCAGUAAUUAAACGAAUUGUGGCUGCAUUAUUGUUAUUAUUUGUUAAUUAUGCAACAAUGGUGACAGAUGUCUAAGUUAAAUCAAGCAACAUUAUAUUCAACUGCUUGUUGUUGGGGGGGAGGGGUCUAAAACUUUGCCCUUUUAGUCUAUGGUUAUAGAAACACUUCUUUUCUUUUCAUGUUUAGUUUUAAGAAUAAAAAAAAAA